UCACGCAGCUCUCCUGUUGCGCUGAGAGGAGGCAGGCCGGUGUUUUUCCACUGCCGCGGAUGUCUCAUGUCCCCCCGUUUAGAGAGACAAAGGUCAGAAAGAGAGGUUUAUAACCAGGCUAAAAUAUAAGCUACCAACUCGUCCAGCCCCUCAGUCGCUCUCGCGGACACAGACAAGACGACACGUGCAAGGGACCACGCUCAAAGGACAUUAAAAGGACAAAAAUAAUAUACAACAUUACAUCAACAGAGCAGAAUGGCACAAAAAGAGAAACUUCAGUGCCUGAAGGAUUUCCACAAGGACACUCUGAAGCCGUCUCCCGGUAAAAGCCCCGGCACACGGCCCGAAGACGAGGCAGAGGGCAAACAUCCGCAGCGGGAGAAGUGGGCCAGCAAGUUGGACUUUGUUCUGUCUGUGGCUGGCGGCUUUGUUGGUUUAGGGAACGUCUGGCGUUUCCCGUACCUCUGCUACAAGAAUGGUGGAGGUGCAUUCCUCAUCCCCUACUUCAUUUUCCUGUUUGGCGGAGGUCUGCCGGUCUUCUUCCUGGAGGUUUCCCUGGGUCAGUUCACCUCUGAGGGUGGCAUCACCUGCUGGGAGAAGCUCUGCCCCAUCUUUACAGGUAUUGGUUACGCCUCCAUUGUGAUCGUGUCCCUGCUGAAUAUCUACUACAUUGUCAUCCUGGCUUGGGGCCUCUACUACCUGUUCCAGUGUUUUCAGCCGGAGCUGCCCUGGGCCAAGUGCAAUCAGCCCUGGAACACCGAUCGCUGCAUCGAGGACACCUACCGCAAGAACAAAUCCCUCUGGCUGGCUGCCAACGCCACCAACUUGUCCAACUUCACCUCCCCCGUCACCGAGUUCUGGGAACAUAACGUGCUGGGUAUCUCCAAUGGCAUAGAGGAUAUAGGUCCUGUCAAAUGGGACCUGGCUCUGUGUCUGCUGCUCGUCUGGGUCAUCUGCUUCUUCUGCAUCUGGAAGGGAGUGAAGACCACUGGCAAGGUGGUCUACAUCACAGCCACGUUCCCCUUUGUCAUGCUCAUUGUGCUGUUGAUUCGUGGUGUGACACUGCCGGGUGCUUCUGCUGGCAUCACGUUCUACCUGUACCCCGACCUCGCUCGUCUGAAGGACCCAGAGGUGUGGAUUGACGCCGGCACCCAGAUCUUCUUCUCCUACGCCAUCUGUUUGGGUGCCAUGACUUCCUUGGGGAGCUACAACAAGUACAAAUACAACUGCUAUAGGGACUGUUUGCUGCUGGGAGCCCUCAACAGUGGUACCAGUUUUGUGUCUGGCUUCGCAAUAUUUUCCGUCCUGGGCUUCAUGGCACAAGAGCAAGGGGUGGACAUUGCUGAUGUGGCAGAGUCAGGUCCUGGCCUGGCGUUCAUUGCCUACCCCAAGGCUGUAUCCAUGAUGCCCUUCCCUACAGUCUGGGCAGUCCUCUUCUUCAUUAUGCUGCUGCUGCUUGGCCUCGACAGUCAGUUUGUGGAGGUGGAAGGGCAGAUCACAUCACUGGUGGAUCUGUAUCCGUCCUUCCUAAGGAAGGGUUACCGCAGAGAGAUCUUCAUCGCUAUCAUCUGCAGCAUCAGCUACCUGCUUGGACUCACCAUGGUUACCAAGGGUGGCAUGUAUGUUUUCCAGCUGUUUGAUUACUAUGCAGCGAGCGGUGUGUGCCUUCUGUGGGUGGCAUUCUUUGAAUGUAUAGCUGUUGCCUGGGUUUAUGGCGUUGAUAAUUACUACGAUGCACUUGAGGACAUGCUUGGCUACAGACCAAACGCUUGGAUGAAGUGGAGCUGGACUGUCAUCACUCCUGUACUGUGCAUGGGCUGCUUCAUCUUCUCCCUGGUCAAAUACAAGCCACUGACGUACAACAAGGUCUACGAGUAUCCAGACUGGGCCGUCGGAAUAGGUUGGUCUCUGGCCUUGACCUCCAUGAUCUGCAUCCCCAUGGUGGUCGUCAUCAAGAUCAUCCGAUCUGAUGGGCCGCUCAUUGAGAGGAUUAAGGCGGUGGCAGCCCCGGUUCGCGGCGGCGCCAGCUCCCGUCCCGCAGACCACCGUGGCCUCAAGGAGCUGUCCUACCCUCUGGACCCCAACGGGAACAAGGACCUCCUGAUAAAGGCCCCCACCCACACCAUCGUAGAAACCAUGAUGUAAAGGAAUGAGGCGGAGGCUCUCCAUGAGAUCGCUCUCCUCUCCUCUCCUCUCCAAUGCUUCUAAAGCUAGCUAGUCUUUUCUGUCUAUCUGUCUGUCUAUCUGUCUGUCUGGUGGACUUAUAAGGGUUUUAAGGAAGAAAAAAAAAAAGCGUUCCCGUUUCAAAUCUCGUAGGAAUACUCUGGAAGCAGUUUGCUCUUGGUGGGUUUUCUUAAGAGGGUAGCAAUCACAUUUCAAAUCUAUUUCUGAAUUACUCACAAUGGUGCUGGUCCUUUCCCCCCUAUUUGUAAUACCCACUCUUGUCUUGUUUAAAGGCAGAGUGGCACAUAAGUACCGGCCUCUGGUCACACGCUGGUACAUCUCUGUUUGCAGAAUACCAGCCAUUGUUGUUAAAAAAGAAGAAGAAGAAAGUGGUUAUUGAGUCUUGGAAUCAAACUGAAUGUUGUAGCCACCAAAUAUAAAAAAAACAAAUACCCAUAUUGAACACAUAUCACCAAAAUCAGUUUUUGGGGCUGUUCUCUGCCUGUGAUAUGACAUCACACACAUAUAUAUAUAAUGGACAUGGUGCACUUGUGCCGUAGGGUUAUUCGGUUCCACUGUGCUCAGGGGAGGCCCGGUUGAGAGGAGGUAGAAGAUGGAGGCACUGCAGGUACAGCAUGAAUAAUUUAAAAAAACACGUAUUUCUUAUCCAUGUCUGAAACAUUUCGAUGAUAUUCCAGCUGCACAAGGCAAGAUCUUUGGUGAGAAAUAUGACCAAAACCUACCAAUCAAAAUUCCAGUAUUCUCAUUUCUAGUACACAAAAUUGCCCGGUGCAGCAAAAGAAUGAAAAAUUGAAUAAAUGUAUUAUCACAGCCGUGAUAGCCGAUGACCCUUAUCAAGCCAGGAUCCUGGUUUUUGAAAUGCACCUUCGCAUCAAAUAUCCCCAUCUUCCACAGCCUGAGACUCUGGGUCAGUGAGAACAGCAGCGCUGAGACUGCACAAAGAGAGGGGAAUCUGAAAGGAUUUGAAGUGUGGAGGUUGAACCCUUGAGUGUGUUGUAUGUGGCGUACUGUACAGUAGUAGCUAAUCAGUCCAUCUAUAUCUAUCUCUAUCUAUCUUUCUCUGUCCUAGACCAGUUUACAGUACGUUAGUGGCUGCACUAGGCGCUCUUGGCUUACACUUUUGGAUUGGAUUUAUUUUACUUUCUACAGAGGAAGUUACAUUAUUAUUAGUUUUUCCUCUGGCAAUGUUUAGAUUUUUUUUGUUAUUAAGACUAUAAUAAUAUUGUUAUUCACUAUUGAUGAUAAUCGCUGUAGUUUUACAUGGAAGAAGGAACACUUGUGUGAAAAUACUAAGCUGUUAUACAAAUCAUACCUUUACAGUGGCAGCCAUUGUAACGAGAAUCCUCGUUCAGUUCCGCAGCGUUGGCCCUGCCAAACAAUUCCGUCUUUAGCGUCAAGCAAACAAACAAUGCAACUUAUUUUAUGCCCCAAAUAUCUUCUCCUGUGGGGGUGUGGAUUUAAACAUUCGGCAAGCAGUUCGAUGUACAGUAAGACAAGUGGACUCUACAAUGGCUCCAUGUGUAGGUUGGUAGGUGUUGGGGGUUUAUAGCGUUUCCUCUUCUGUAAACACCACGGGACUGUAUUUCAUUUGGGUAGAUUGUGCCAGACAGGGCACUAAACCAACAUGUCACCGACUCAAUGACUCCAAGCAAGGAGUGUCUAACUCCUUCCCAGACUCUUAUUGGCUGCAGACGGAUCAGAGCCAGUGGACGACAGAGUUUGGUCACGUUUUUUAUUUUCCCCCACAGUCACCAUGUUGCUUCACUUCACUUCUAAACGAGAGCUGAGAAGCUUCGUAUCAAACAGGGAACCUCAACUGUUCUGAAAAAGCAAUUGAAAUGUAGCAGACGGUUGUACGCAUCGCAACAGAGACCUUGGAAGGUAGUGGGAGUCGGGUGUCUAUCAUCAUUUUGGGAUUAUCAGAAUGAAUUUCGAGGCGUAGCAACGGUGAAUAAAGAAUAUUCGCAGCAUCCAAAUACGUCAAAAACUCAAAAUGUUGUGCUAAGUCGGACUCUGCCUGAAAUUCUAACUAAGCCUAACCAAAGACACAAACGAAGAGAAUAGUCAACUUAACUUCUGAUGGAAUAUAUUAGUCAAUUAAAGCUGUGAAAUUAGGCACUAUAUAUAAGAUGUAAUAAAAACGGGACUCUGGCUGAAUGAUUAUCUGAGAAAUCCGACAUUUACCACCGUUGCAUUCACGUUAACACGUCCGUGGAACAACGGGUUCCCCGUGUGUGUGUGUGUCGCCAGUGACCAUCCACUCAGGACUUUCGCUUUAGCUGCUUUAACCCAACAUUCGACUCGUAACUGUGGUCGACAAAGAGACACUUAACGGUAGCAAUUGAAGACGAUGUUAUUGUCCAUCUUGGAAGGCCAUUGGAUCGGUUCGCUGCCACACAGAAUGGAAUAUAUAUAUAUCACACCUUUACUGCCUAUGUAAUCCGCAAUCGAAGGCAAAAAUACAAAAAGAGAGUGAGUCGAAGUGAGAUUAUCGCACCUUAUUUGUAUAAUUUGGACUUCAUGUGAAAUGAUGAGACCAAAAGAAAAACACUGCCAUCUUUUUAUUCAGGGUCCUCGUUGGCCUCGACAGUGAAGACGAUCUGAAUACGGUCGGAACCCUUCUGUUUCCCAAAAAGCACAACAGCAGACAUAUUAAAAUAGAUCAAAAUGUUAUGAAACUAUUCAUCCACGUCAGAUAUACAGUUAUACACGAACACAUGCAUUGCAGGAAUUUGACCGACAGCAUCACAUCAGAAGUGAUGGUGCAAUCAGGGCGUCGUUUCGUGUGUCAUCUAAGCUUUGAUCAUUUCCUUUUUUUAUUUCACUUUAUUUAAUUUCUUCAACUUAGAAUAAAGUAGUUCAUAUCAUUCAAAGGGAUUUGUGAAACCAAAUCCACAGCAGACAUCUAUUUUCAUACAGUAAUAAACUUUUCCUAUAUAAGUCGUCUUUGUACAGCUGAGCUCCCAUCGCAGAACCUCCCAUUUUAAUACCGAUACAAAGCUUUGUUUUAAUGUUCAACUUUUGUACAGAUCUGGUCCCUCGAUCCCCUGAAGGAUCUUUGCACUAAGGUGGGAAAAAGAAUGGUAGUAAUGUUGAAAGAAAAGACGUGUCAGCACCUUCCAGUAAGAACAACAGCAUCAGAACCACUACAGAGGAAGUAGUCCUGGCCAAAGGCACAGAGCACCUAUGGAAAGCUAAAUAGUCAGUUUCACCAUUUUGCCUACAUGGUGCAUCUAUUAAAUGUCUUGGUCAUAGCUAAGAUGCACAAAAUGGAAAUAAAUGUUUUUAUAAUGUGGGGACCACAAGAAAUAGCAAAACUAAAUAUCUGUUGCAAAGAGACACACAAAUAGAUUUAGAGCAAGUAAAUCUGACUGAACGUGUUCCAGACACUGACUGAAAGCGUUCCGUAGUGCUGAGAUCCUUCUGUUGGGGGGGACGCGUGGGCCAGGAGGAGUAACUAACGCAGUGGUUUAUUGGUUUGUUCUGCCUCUCUGUGUAUAUUUAAAGUAUAUGCCAGUUCCUCUGCCUUCUGACACUCCCCUUCAGUUAGCCGGAGUAAACCUUCCUGUAACCUAAGCUAACCGAUUGUUCUCAGAGAAAACGAAUUUGCAAGAGAAUCGAAGCAUUAGCGAUGCACAAAGUUUUUACCGCCGAAUGUUGAAAUGUUGAAAGUCGCCUGCGGGUGAUUGUGAAAGUUUCUGAAGAUCUAUUUUUUAGGGUGAAAACAAAAGAACUAGUUUCCUUUUUUUAUUUUUGUUGAUCUUGUUUUAUUGAAUUCUGCAGUUUUCUUGUUUUGUUUUAUUUGUGAUUGUGUGUCUGUCACAUUUGCCUUUUGUAUUCCAAAUAUAGUGUAUUUGAACCUCUGUCAUCGGAGUAACUUGUACGACUAUCAAUCAAAAAAACAAAGCAAAAAAUCAACAACAAAAAAAGCUAAGAUUUGUUACGUGCAAUACUUUGUAGAAUACUUUUAUUUUUCUCGCUGUUUUUCCAGGAGGUGGUACCAACCUUUGGAAAAAAAAAAAGAAACGACCGCCUGUGAAUUCUUGAUGAAGAUUUGAACCUUCAGGGUCCAGUUCAAUUACACCCAGCCACCAAAUGCUCCACAGUGUGGAAGUGAACCAAACCAAACCACUGCUCCAUCAAAGGUCUUGUGGUUUAAAAUGCACUGAGAAAGAUUCUAACAUUUUGUGACGUCAAAUUGAAUUUCUUAGCGAAACAUAUUUUUUCAUUUUUUUUUUUUUGUGUCAGACUGCUAAGUUGUGAGUUUGUGAGGGUAUGAAACACAGUAACACUGCCACUAAGCCCGCCAUCGUUCUGCCUGCUUUCUUCAUCUCAGUACUGCUAAAACAUCCGGCAGCUUUCCAAAAGCACGCCACCACCAAAGUUCACCAUUUCUGAUCCACAACACACCUGGAAUCUCACCAGGUGCCCUUAAGGGUGGAAAGUCUAAUUUGCUUGUGAUGGAACAAAUACAUUGGAGUCAUUUCGGCUGCUUUUGGGAAGCCUGCCCCUCAGCAACAAAUGCAGUAAAUCCAAUAAAAACCAGAUUGAACCAUAUCAAAUGUGGGCUUUUCUUUCAAAACCUUGUAUGCAAUUUCUACAUUCGGCUUAUUCAGACAUUUCUAAAUCCAACUCCGCUUGGCCCGACCCCACAGCCUCAGUGCUUUAGCAAAGAAAGUGGAGAACCAAACAUCCACGCAGGAACAUGUGAGCUGAUUUUAAAUCCCACGUUGCCUACAUCGUCUUCAUUGCCGGUAUGAAAACACCAUAUCUGCAGGUUUCGGAAUCUAAUCGUCUGUUUCUGUGAUAAAGAUUCAACAUUAGACCAAACAGAUGUGAGGCAACACAACAUCUGUUUUAUCACUGAAGUCACUGUGACUGCGUGGCUGCGAAGGAAGAUACACGGGGCUCCGUUUCCUUAAUGCAAGGAGCGUCUGAGUUCUUUGGUUGUCCUUACUCGGAGAACCAUAGUUAUCAUGUAACCUAAUUACAUUUUUGGCUUUUUUAGCUUUUAAUCAAGUUUUGACUUUUGGCCAUACAAUCAUCUUUCCUCUUUUAAAUUAAAUGGUCUCAGCGCUAAGUCCUCUGGGAAAUGGAGUCCCUCUCAUCCUCCCCAUCCUCUCGGUCGACAGCCUCACUCUGGAUAUUGUUCCCAAUGACAACGCCUCUGUCUCUCCUGCGUUAUACUGUAUGUAUGCCAGCCCUUCCUUUUUUCAAGGAAUGUACAUUAGAAAAUGUUUUUUAAUUCUUUCUGAAGAAAAAAACAUUUUAAAAGAAUUUGAAAGUUUUUAUUUUUUAUUUCUAUGGCCAAACCUGUAAGCUAGGUUAAAGAAAAAAAAUGAAAAAAAAUAUGUGUUUGAACAGGUUUUACAAAAGGUGUAAAACUUUUUUUAUUUCUUAAUAAAAAAUGUGUCUUCUGAAAA